GAGCUCCAGCCACCCACCACUACAGUCGCCCGAUCUGGAACACCUGCGGUAGAAAAUAAGCAGCAGAUUGGAGAUGCUAUCCGCAUGAUAGUCCGAGGGACUCUCGGCAGCUGCAGCAGUAGCAGUGAAUGCCUUGAGGACAGUACCAUGGGCAGUGUUGCGGACACAGUCGCAAGAGUCCUUCGAGGAUGUCUAGAAAACAUGCCAGAAGCUGACUGCAUUCCUAAAGAGCAGCUGAGCACUUCCUUUCAGUGGGUCACCAAAUGGGUCGAUUACUCUAACAAAUACGGCUUUGGGUACCAGCUCUCAGACCACACUGUAGGUGUCCUUUUCAACAAUGGUGCUCACAUGAGCCUCCUUCCAGACAAAAAAACAGUUCACUAUUAUGCAGAGCUUGGCCAAUGCUCUGUUUUCCAAGCAACAGAUGCCCCUGAACAAUUCAUUAGUCAAGUGACGGUGCUCAAAUACUUCUCUCAUUACAUGGAGGAGAACCUCAUGGAUGGUGGAGAUCUGCCUAGUGUUACCGAUAUUCGAAGACCUCGGCUCUACCUCCUUCAGUGGCUGAAAUCUGAUAAGGCCUUAAUGAUGCUCUUUAAUGAUGGCACCUUUCAGGUGAAUUUCUACCAUGAUCAUACGAAAAUAAUCAUCUGUAGCCAAAACGAAGAAUAUCUCCUCACUUACAUCAACGAGGACAGGAUAUCUACAACGUUCAGACUAACAACCCUGCUGAUGUCUGGCUGUUCGUUAGAAUUAAAACAUCGAAUGGAAUAUGCUCUGAACAUGCUCUUACAGAGAUGUAACUAGAAGACUUCUUGAAUGGACCCUAUGGGACUCCUCUUUUCCACUGUGAGAUCUACAGGGAAGCCAGUCAGAUGGUCUACAGCAUGUUGAAGAGGAUGGACAGGUGGUGGUACGAAAACAAUUCCGCGAGGGCCUGCAGGACUAGGCGGAACCAGACCAGGCUGAGGCAUCCAGUUCUGAACGUUGGACAAUCUGAGAGUGAACCAGAAUGCAGUUUUCCUUGACGUACCUGUUUUAAAAGGUUUUUCAGACAAUUUUGCAGAAAGGUGCAUUGACUCUUCUCUCUGUUGAGAGCAUUUCAGACAGAAGACUUGGAACUGUGAAUAUACUUCCCAAAGGGGAGGGAAGAGGGAGGAAGCUCCCGUGUUGUUUAAAGGCUGUCCUCGGAGCAGCUUUUGGCUACUCAACUGUGAACUAUGGCCAUACAUAAUUUUUUUUGUUGUUGUUAAUUUUUGAAGACACUUGUGGCUGGAAAAGUGCAUUCCUUGUUAAUAAACUUUUUAUUUAUUACAGCCCAAAGAGCAGUAUUUAUUAUCAAAAUGUUUCUUUUUUUUAUGUUGACCAUUUUAAACUGUUGGCAAUAAAGAGUAUGAAAAAGCAGAAA